CGUUCAACUACAAGAUGCCGAAAGAGAGAUCUAUCAACCCGGCGCAAGCCCAAAGGAAAGCCGAGAAAGCCAAGGCGAUCAAGAAAGGGAAAGCGGAAGCAGCCUCGCGGCGGAAUGACAAGCUUGCCAAGAAGAACCCAGACCGUCUGCAAAAGCAGGUCGAUGAGUUGAAAGCUAUAACAACUAGCGGUGGCACGCUGACCUCCCACGAGAAGACCGUUCUUGAGUCACUCGAGCGAGAUCUGAAGGCUGUCAAGAAAGCUAGAGAAGCGCUUGGUGAUGCGGCACCAAAAUUUAGCCGUGGACCCAGAGAGGAUGGUGAUCGAGGAGGAUUCAGAGGAGGUAGAGGCGGUGGAGUUCUAGGCAAGAGGAGAAGAGACGAGAGUGAGAGUGAGGAGGAAGAUAUACCCGAAGACGUAAAGAGCAUUCCUAUGCCAAGAGAUACUCCGCCGCCAAUACCUAAGGAAGUGCUUGAUAAAUGGUACUCAAAGAGGAGAGAGAAAAUGGCUAAGGAGAGAGGCACGAAUGCAAACAAUACUCCACUUGGGGAUAAUGGCAGAGUGUUUGGACAAGGUGAUUCUAAGCCUGCGACUGCUAUGGAGGCUGCAAAGACUGUCUAUGAGGCAAAGCCGAUGGUGCGAGAUCUAAGGAAGGAGGCCGUAGCCUUCGUUCCUGCGGCUGUUAGGACCAAGUUAGACAAGUCAAAGGGCGUUGGGGGAUUGGUUGAACCUGAAGAAGCGGAUAGGCUUGAGAAGGCAGGUUACAUGGGUACAAGGAAAGAAGCAAGUAGUAAUAGUGUGGAGGAUAGCAAUUCUGCGCAGCAAGAUCCAAGGGCUGUAAUGAUGGAGGAAGUGGAAGACGAGGAUGGCUAGGAGUAUGAGAAAGACUAAAGAAAUGAACAAUCAUAGAUACCCAUCGACAACUUUUAG